UAUCAACCGGAGGAGGCAUUCUCUCUUGGUCACUAGUCUACCGAAGAUCAAACAUUACGGUCGCGCUGAUACAAUCUGGCGAAUAGCUUAUGCAUUGCAAAAUCGCUUAAGCUGUUUUAUGAAGGAAAGUCAGAAAAGAAAUAACCAAAGUAGAAUAACCGGAAUAACCGGAAAAAAAAAAGGAUCGUGUAAAAGAAGCAGGAGAGGCAAAGAAGAGAAAAAUAAGAAGAAUUAAUGAGAGACGAGUGUGUGGAGAAAUUUAAGAGAAAUAUUAGUGAUCGGUCGACGAAAGAGAAAGCAGAAUAUAUAUUUAUAUAUAUAUAGUAAAAGUAUAUCUUUCAGAAUCAUCGUAUUUCAAAGAUCGGCAGUGUGAAAGCGCAAAAUUAAAGUUAAUUUUUCACUGUGAAUAAUUGAUUGUCGGAAUUAAACAGGAAAACGGAGAGAAGGAAGUGACAAGCUCUUCGCUAAUCGGACUCAUAAUAAAUAAUAGUUACUUCGAAUAAAUAUUUGAAGAUGGGUACUUUGCAGCAGCAAUCCAUCUUAAAGGGUCAACAAAUAGAAAAAAGCGAAGAGAAAGAUUUAGUGCACGAAUUGUUCAGUGGCGCAGCAAAGAUUCAUGAGAAUCAAAUCGCAUUAUAUUAUAAAGAUGAUAACAACCGGGAACACGUGUUGUCUUUCAAAGAAUUAGACAACAUUACCAAUAGAUUGGCACGAGUCUUGCAAAAAUACGAAAAAUCGGAGACAACUUCUCAAUCACUGGUGGCUGUCUGCAUGAAAACGUCACAUCGUCUUCCAAUCGCAUUACUUGGUAUACUCAAAGCAGGAAUGGCUUAUCUACCUUUGGACGCGGAAUUUCCGAUGUCCAGGACAAAGCACAUUCUCGAAGAAGCACAACCACUAAUAGUAUUGAUCGAAGAAGGAGUGGAUUUGUCAAUUUAUGAGGGAACCUCGAUCGUGACGUAUGAACAGCUUUUGAGAGAAGCUGAGCAAGAAAAAGAAGACACGUUAAAAACCAAAAAGUGGUCGAAUCAACUUGCCAUUGUUCUUUAUACUUCCGGCAGUACAGGAGUUCCAAAAGGUGUACUUAUACCGCAUGUUACUCUACUGAAUCGUCUACAAUGGCAAUGGAGAGAACUUCCGUACGUUGAUAACGAAGAACGAUGCGUCUUUAAAACUGCUCUCACAUUCGUCGACAGUGUCCCGGAGAUUUGGGGACCCCUUCUACAAGGCCGUACGCUGGUGAUUGUGCCGAAAAGCGUUACGAAAGAUCCGGAGAAAUUCGUACCGCUAUUGGAGAAACAUCAGAUACAACGUUUAGUGCUUGUGCCAUCAUUGCUACGUUCGCUGCUCAUGUAUUUGGGUUUGCGAAAUAAUAAUAAUCUCUCGACAAGCUCUCAACAAGCUCUCGAUCGCUUGAGACUCUGGAUUUGCUCAGGAGAAACUUUAUCAAUCGCAUUGGCCGAUCAAUUUUUUGAUACAUUUAACAACAAGGACAAAAUAUUGGCUAAUUUCUACGGCAGUACAGAGGUCAUGGGUGACGUCACAUAUUACCUUUUAAGCAAUCGCGCGCAAUUACAAGGAAUGGAGAAAGUGCCAAUAGGAAGGCCGAUCGACAAUUGCAUAAUUUAUCUCGUGAACAAGGACAUGCGAUUAAUUCCCCAAGGAGAAGUCGGUGAGCUAAUCGUGGCAGGAAGAAAUCUCACCGCGGGUUAUAUACGCGAACGAGACACACAUAAAUUUUUGGACAAUCCCUACGCUAUCGAUCCAAAAUAUCCAAAGAUUUUUCGUACUGGCGACUACGCUAAAAUUGCCAAAGGUUCGAUAAUUUACGAGGGACGAGUGGAUUCGCAGAUUAAAGUUAGAGGUCAUCGCGUCGAUCUUACGGAAGUUGAGAAAAUAAUUGCCAAGAUAUCCGGUAUCGAUAAGGUCGUGGUUCUUUGUUACAAGCCCGGUGAACUGUCACAGGCAUUAAUAGCUUUUGUUACCAUCGUUGAUGACACGACUCUAUCCAAUUCGGAGAUUAAAAAUCUUCUCCAAAAAACGUUGCCACCAUACAUGUUACCACAAAUAUUUGUCAUUGACCACAUACCUCUUUUAAUCAAUGGAAAAACGGAUCGACAGUCAUUGCUAAAACACUAUGAAUCAUUUUAUCCUAAUAAUGAAGACAACGUUGCUGCGAAUUGCAAUUACAGCGGUGUACCAGAUCAAGAUCUUGAGAAAGCCAGAGUUCUUUUUCCGACUGUCGCAUCCGUAAUCGGACGAAAUGAUGCGCUAGUGAAUCUGCAUGCGAAUUUCUACGAGCUCGGUGGAAAUUCCUUAAAUUCCAUUUACACUGUGACCAAGUUAAGGGACCAGGGUUAUGAGAUUAGCAUCACGGAUUUCAUCACGGCAAAAGAUUUGGCCGAAGUAUUGGACCGCAUGAAACUUAUAUCUUCUGACGAAAAACCUCUGAAGGAGACAAUCGACCAGAAACCGUAUAUUUUCGAAACGUUAAGCGAUUCUCACAAGCUGGACGCGAUCGAAAUAAUCACAGAGAGCUUUUAUUCGAAAGCCGAUUUGGAGCAAUGGUUAAUGCCGGACAUAACGAGAGCCGAUUAUCGGGAAUUGAUGGAAGCUAUAUGGAACUCUCUCAUAGAAAAAGGUUUGAGCUUCGCGAUAAAAUCGGCGCAAAAUGACAAAACGAUCGGAGUUACCCUUAAUUUUGAUGUUUGGGACGAACCUGAACUGACACUGAACUCUAAAUUAAUGAUUAUAUUCGACUUUCUCGAGUAUCUGGAAAAACCGAUUAAAGAAAACAAACUACCGAAAGGCAAGGGCAAAAUAAUGCAUAAUUCCAUGAUGGCGACAUGCAGCGACUUGAAUUUCGCGGAAAACGUAUUAGUGAUGCAACAGAUGGAAGAGUAUUGUUUACAAUUCGCUCAACAAAAAGGAUUCGCCGGGAUAUUCACUACAAAUACCAGUCCUCUCACUCAGCAACUUGGCAUGGACGUGUAUGAAUAUGACACAUUGCUGGUAUAUCAAGUGAAUCAAUAUGAGACACCCGAUGGAAAUAAACCUUUUGGAAAAGCCCCCGACAGUCAAGUGGCAAUUUGCGCAUUGAAAAUGAUUAACUGAAACAAUUUUAAUUAAAAGAAAAAAAGUAUUAGUAUCAUAAGCAUCAUCUCUGUGAUCUUUCAUCGACAUAUUCAUUGUUAAUAAUUCAUUAUGACAAGGCUUUAUAUCUUUCCAUUCUUUCACAUCACUUUUUGUUAUUUUCUAUAAAUAUCAACAGCAAACAAUAUAUCGCUAACAAUAAUUGUGUAAUUGAACAACUAUCUAUAUUGUUUGUCACAAACAUAAUGUAAUUAUUGUUUCUUUAUCAUCAUUUCAUUUUCUUAUUAGAUUAAAAAAACUUUAGAAUCUUAAGAUUAAUUAUUUUAGAAGAAUUUGUUUUAAUUAUUUAUUAAUAUUUGUCAUAUUUAUCUGUACAAAAAUGUAUGAUAUAAUUUUAUAGCUUUAUAAAAUUUUUAUCGAAAAUACAUAAUUGUCAAAAAAAUAAAAAUCGAUAAUUAUAUUAUAAUCUGAUCUUUAAUAUUAAAGAACCAUAUUUCGAUAAAUAUAUGUAUUUUAAUAAAAAAUUAUUGUAAUAA